AUGUUUGUCAAUGAUGAUAGUUCUCAAGUGAUUGAUGAUCCCUACUCAACUCCGUUGCAACCACAAACAAUCUUAUUGCGCGAUGGAGAAACAGUAUCGACAAUGUAUCCGAUACCCGCCAAUCCGGGGCUCCUUCCUGUAGGGCUAGUUGAAUUUCUUCUUGAUGAGUUUAACAUGGAGAUUGAAAAUGGUCAAAGCUUCCCAUACUACGAAUCUUUAAGUUUAGAGGACUUCAAGAAGAUCUGGUUUAAUUCGCAUGGCGUCCUGUGUAUCAUGGUACUUGGGGAGCUUCCUGAACUAGAUUAUUCUAUUCCGAUAAAUCGAACGGAAGAGAUUGAUGAAGCACUAGGGGUGAAGUAUAGUGAAAGAUUCUCAUCCACCUAUUUAAAACGUAAAGACCGCCGAAAUCUAAACUUGAACAUUCAAUGGGAGAGGCAGUGCUUAGGGAUAUUUAACUUGAUUCCGGCAUAUCCAGGUCGAUCUUCACAUGUAGCUACUGGAACAUUCUUAGUUAACGCUGGUAUUAGAGGUAAAGGUAUCGGAAAAACGUUAGUGGACUGUUUCUUGAAUUGGGCGCCCCAGCUUGGUUUUACUUCAUGUUACUUUCCACUAGUGUACGGAACCAAUGUUGGAAUACGAAGAAUUUUUGAGUCUACAAAUUUCCGGCGGAUAGGAAAGCUACCCGAAUCUGGUAUCCUAAAAGGGUUUGAUACCCCAGUGGAUUCUUUUAUUUAUGGGAAGGAGUUCACACAUGUUCGCAGACAUAUGGAUUCAUUACAUUCAUCGGUUGACGACACCAUAAAAGCAAAAUACGAAAGACUUAUAUACUACUUGGAUCAUGGAGAAUAUCCGCCUGCAUGUAACCGCAAUGAAAAGGCAAGAUUGCGAGUUAUAGCUAAGAAGCACUCUUUGGUAAAUGGGAAGCUUUUUUUUAAAGGUAAAGAAGUAGUUUAUGAUCCUCAACGGCAAUUGAAGAUAGCAUAUGAAACCCACAUAGUAGAUCACCACGGAAUAAACAGGAUCACAUCAAAAUUGGCGGAGAAGUACCAUUGGAAGGGUAUAAAACAGACAGUGAUUCAAGUAAUAAACUCUUGUUCAACUUGUCAAGAAAAUAAUAAAAUGUCCGAAGAAGGUGCUGUUAUUGAUACACGGAACGACCCCAAUGGCCAACCUCACACUAUUGUUCAUGCAAUACUUCAGGACAAUAUAUCACAAAGUUUAGAAAAUCUUGAAGAAAUAACUCCAGUCGAUUCUUCAAAUACCCCCCGUUUAAAAACAUCUUUCGUUCAAAGGAUAAACUUUGGUAAAGACCCAAGGAAUGAAGGUGUUAAAAGGAAAUCUGUGACAGGUUCAGAACAUUCUUUGGACUCAUUCACAAGCUACAAUAUUUCACAUGAUGAACAUAAAGGAAGGAAAAAACACAAAUCGAAUGACUCCAGAGGUAGUGAACCUGGAACAGUGAGAUUGGAGGACGAGACGCCAAACAGUAUGGUUGAUGACGCGUUACUAAAUCUUGAGGAUAAUGUCAUGGCAGCGGUAGAGGCGGUUGAAAAAGAGCACCAACGUAGUUCUUCAAAUUUUAAAAAAGGCAGAGGCUCAGUAGAGACAAACAAUUACAUUGAAGAUGAUAGACGCCAUCAAAAUACAUCAGACGACAAUGAAAUAUCCUCUAAGAACAUAGACGAACAUUUUUAUGAAAGCCAAAUGAGUGACACUUGA